CGCAGCCUAAGGCUCGGCCACCUCUCGGUGACGCCACAGGCCUCGCGACCCUCUCGGCUCGCCGGCCGCGCGCCCCACUGCGGGGACAGGGAUGGCGCGGGACUGACGGUCACCUCCCCCCCCCCGGGAUUCCUCCGCCCCUCCCGGGGCUCGCGGGACCGCGGCACCGCCCCGACCUGCAUGCGGGCCGGGCCCUCGCAGCCUGAGGCCCUCGGCGUCCCCGAGGCGGUGCCCUGCCGCGCCAGAGGACGACGGCGACGGCGAGGAGGAGGAGGAGGAGGAGGAGCCGGCUGCCCGCGCGCUGGGGCCAGGGAGCACGGGCUCCCCGGAGGGAGCUUGGGGCGUCCCGGCCCCGGAGGAGGGACCCGGAAGCAGAAGCGCAGCCGCGAGUGGAGGCGAGCCGCUGCCCGCGCUGCCCGGCGCUGGCUGGGGGUCCCGGCGGCUGGAUGGGCGGCGGCGGCGCGGGCCGCGGGCGGCGAUGGGCGAGGAGCAGAGCACGGUGAGCGGCGGCGGUGGGCCCUGGGAGGCGCGGGUCCCUGCCGGGGGCUCAGCGGGCCAGCCCGAGUCCCCCAGGCCGCGAGGGGACCGCGCCGGGGCUCCCGGGCCGCGCGCCGCCGCCACCUCCGCCUCCUCCUCGGAGGCGAGCAGCGGCGGCUGCGGAAGAGACCCGGACUGUGUGGACGCGAGCGCCCGGGAGCCUGCGAGCAAUCGGGCCACGGCGGGGCAGCCCGCGGGACUGCCACUCACCGGGCCCCUCGACCCCCAGAGUUUGGAACUGCAGCUGGAGCGCGAGGCGGAGGGAGCGGGGCCAAGGGAGGCGACCCCCGGUCAGCAGCCCCACGACGAGCUGCUCCUGGACGUGCUUGCCCAGCGACACCCGCCCCCCGCCAAGCCGCAAGUCUUCUGCUCCGUCUACUGCGUGGAGAGCGACCUGCCCGAGGCCCCCACCGCCGAGUCAUUGUCGCCGCCAGAGUCCCCACCUCGAGCACCGCCGAGGCCGAUUCCCGCCAGCCCGCCGCCCUCCUUCCCCAGUUCUCCGUUGUCGCUCCCGGCUGACCCCCUCUCCCCCGACGGCGGCAGCAUCGAGCUGGAGUUCUACCUGGCUCCGGAGCCCUUCUCCGUGCCUGGCCUAUUAGGAGCUCCACCCUACUCUGGCCUGGGCGGGGUAGGGGACCCCUAUGCGCCCCUCAUGGUGCUGAUGUGCCGGGUGUGCCUGGAAGACAAGCCCAUCAAGCCCCUGCCCUGCUGCAAGAAGGCGGUGUGCGAGGAGUGCCUCAAAAUCUACCUGAGCGCCCAGGUACAGCUUGGCCAAGUAGAAAUCAAAUGCCCAAUCACGGAGUGUUUCGAAUUCCUGGAGGAAACUACUGUCGUCUACAACUUGACCCAUGAAGACUCCAUCAAGUAUAAGUACUUUUUGGAACUUGGCCGAAUUGACUCCAGCACCAAGCCGUGUCCUCAGUGCAAACACUUCACAACCUUUAAGAAAAAAGGACAUAUCCCCACACCUUCCAGAUCAGAAAGCAGAUACAAAAUCCAGUGUCCCACUUGCCAAUUCAUCUGGUGUUUUAAGUGCCACGCUCCUUGGCAUGAAGGUGUUAACUGCAAGGAGUACAAAAAAGGAGACAAGUUAUUGCGUCACUGGGCCAGCGAAAUUGAGCACGGGCAGAGAAAUGCCCAGAAGUGUCCAAAGUGCAAGAUCCAUAUCCAGAGAACGGAAGGAUGUGACCAUAUGACUUGUUCACAGUGUAACACUAAUUUCUGUUAUCGAUGUGGAGAGAGAUACCGCCAGCUCCGGUUUUUUGGAGACCACACAUCAAACCUCAGUAUAUUUGGAUGCAAAUAUCGCUACCUCCCAGAGAGACCUCAUUUAAGAAGAUUAGUUCGAGGGUCAGUCUGUGCUGGAAAGCUCUUCAUUGCGCCUCUCAUCCUGGUUUUGGGAUUGGCACUAGGGGCCAUAGCAGUUGUAAUCGGUUUAUUUGUCUUUCCUAUAUAUUGCCUUUGUAAAAAACAGAGAAAGCGAUCACGGACAGGUAUGCACUGGUAAUCCACAGAGGAUUUCACAUGACAUCAGCCGGUACCAGGGGGAGCUGUGCAGGAUGGUCCACCGUCUGUGAGUCGGAUCCUUGAGAACACCUAGAGGAACUUCUGCCGUCUGUCUCCUGUGGUUCUCUGCAGGCCACAGUGCCUCUAGCUACGGUGCACUCCCAACAUGGUAUCCUGUCCUUUCCCUAAACAAAUUGCUGCUUUUUAAAAUAUGGUCACUUUCGUUAAUUAUAGACAUUUGUAUAGUAACUCUGACCUUUGUGGUUCUUGGAAGAAGAUAUUUUGAGAACAGGGUAUCCUCAGAUGUGUUUUGAGGGCACCUCACAAGAGUGUGAUUUGGACUGUCUGAACCCUGUGCUUCCCUCCAGGCUGUCUGUGAGACUUGGUUUGCAUAGCUUGACGUCCUGUCUGUCUCAACAAAGCCACUUUGCAGAAGAUAAAUCACCAAGUGCACCUGUUGUCAUCUGUAACCCAAGUGGUAUCAUUCUUUCGUUCGUUGGAUACUGUAUUUGCUUUAAAAAAAAAAAUCUCGGUACCCAGAAGGGACUUAAUGAAACUAAAUUAAUGAGAAGAACCGUGAGUUACUGGUGCGUAUGUGUAAGGAUGUGAAUGUGUGUAUAUAAACACGUAUUAAACCAGGCUCCAUAACCAUGUGCUUGUCCAUUUCCAUGUCUGUCUUCAGAGAACCAUUCAGCUGUGAUGGUUCCUUUUGUGGGCCUAACUUGGUAGUGUACUGAAUUAAAGCCAGUGUCAACAACAGGUUAUUUC